AUGAGGCUCAUCAUCGGCGGGAUCCCGUGGUACCUUUUGGUUUGCCUGCAUGGCAGUUAUGUCGCGGCUGACACGGCAUCCUUACGACAGAAACUCGCCGCUUUGAGAAUUGAUGCCGUUUUCCCUCAAGACCCAGAUUAUGAAAAGGUUUCUGCCGCUUAUAACAAGAGAUUCACUUACAAGCCGGCUGCUAUAGUAUUCCCCCACAACGCGACCGAAGUGGCUAAUGCGGUGAAAGUCGGUGUAGCAGAAAAGAUACCUGUAUCGCCUCGCUCGGGUGGACAUUCAUAUGCCGCAUAUGGUCUGGCCGGGAAAAACGGUGCUUUGGUCAUUGACCUGGAACGGCUCAAACAUAUUUCCGUGGAUAAAGCGAGUGGGCAAGCUUUGAUUGGUGCGGGAAGUAGGCUUGGCGAUAUUGCCCUCGGCUUGAACGAUCACGGUGGACGGGCCAUACCGCAUGGGACCUGCCCCCACGUUGGACUGGGUGGUCAUGCCGCCUUCGGAGGCUAUGGUUUCUCCAGCCGAAUGUGGGGCCUGACACUAGACCAAAUAACUGAGCAUGAAAUCGUCUUAGCAAACGGCACAAUUGUUACUUCUUCCGCAACAGUCAAUCCGGAUCUUUUUUGGGCUUUGAGGGGCGCGGGUUCAUCUUUCGGGAUCAUGACCGCAAUGCGUUUUCGCACCCAACCUGCCCCAAGCCAGGCCACCAACUUUGUCUAUGAGUGGACCUUGGAUGUUGGAGAAUUCAGCAACGCGUUAAUCCAACUACAAAUCUUCUGUAUGUCCGAAUUGCCCGCUCAACUUGGCUUAGAAUCCAAUUUGGGAAAAGGUGAAGGUGGCUCUGGUAAGUUGUACUUGGAUUUGACAGGGGUUUGGUACGGGGCGGAAAAUGUCCUUGCCAAUGUUAUUCGACCUUUCCUAUCUCAGAUGCCCACUCCGGCUAAGAAGUCAGUUAAAACUACGAGCUGGAUUGCCAGCCUCAAAGGGACAGCCGACGGCCAACCUCUAUCUACAUCAGGUGUGGACCUCAGAAAAGAACAUGAUAUGUUUUAUGCCAAAAGUCUAACAACCCCUCAAUCGACACCCAUGUCCAACUCUUCGAUCCUUGCAUUCUCCAAGUAUCUGGCCAAUCAAGGACACAAAUCUAACACGGACUGGUUUGUACAGUUCGAACUCUAUGGCGGCAAGAAUUCCGCGGUGACAGCUGUUGGAGAAGAUGAAACCGCUUUUGCUCAGCGCUCAAUCCUGUUCACAAUCCAGUUUUACGCCUCGUCCAAAAAUGCUUCUCUACCCUACCCCGCAGAGGGGUUUACUCUACUGGACAACAUGGUGGAUAUCAUUGUGAACAACAACCCCUCAGGUUGGAGUUACGGGGCUUAUGCAAAUUAUGUCGAUGAUCGACUUUCUUCUUCGCAAUGGAAAUCCCAAUAUUACAAAAAGCAUUAUCAACGUCUAACACAAAUCAAACGUGCUUAUGACCCUCGAAAUGUUUUUUCUCUCCCUCAAAGUAUCACGGAGUGA